UUGUUUUCACAAUUUCACUCAAAUACAUACCCAAACAGUGCCUUAAAAAACGUUGGAUUCGAAAAAGAUCCGUUCUCCCAAUCGCCGCCGCACAGUUGCAGAAAGUUCCAUACGGCGGAGUGAGCCGAUUUACAUGGACAAGGGUAAAGCAGUAAUGGGCUCGGGCCGCCGGUGGGCUGUGGAGCUCACGGACAACUCAACGUCGCAUUCGACCCGCGAUAUUCCCGAUCCUCCUGGUUUUACUCGCGCAUCGCAGGAACAGGAUGACUCGGCUGCCAGUAAACAGAAGAAGGACGCGGAAGCGAACUGGAAAGCUCAGAAAGCAUGGGAAGUUGCGCAAGCACCUUUUAAGAACUUGUUCAUGAUGGGCUUUAUGAUGUGGAUGGCUGGAAGCACUGUUCAUCUAUUUAGCAUUGGAAUUACAGUGUCGGCUCUUAUGCAGCCGAUUAAUGCACUUCGAGGGGUUGGAAAAGUUUUUGAGCCUUACAAAGACAAUAAGGUGGAUCUUUUGGCUCCUAAAUUAGUGUUCAUUGCCCUUAACUUGGCUGGGCUAGGAAUGGGCAUCUGGAAGCUUAACACACUUGGUCUUCUCCCAACUCAUGUAUCAGAUUGGGUUUCAUCUUUGCCUCCACCACAGGAAGUCGAGUUUUCUGGCGGAGGUAUCCCCGGAUUUUACUGAAUGUAUGGAGAAGGCGAAUGCCAGAAAAGAAUGAUCCAUCCUGUGGCAUUUAUCCUAUUCUAAUUCGAUAAUAGUUGAGUCGAACAGAAGGCGAGUUUGUUCUUGUUUCUAUUUGAUUUGUAUUACCUCUCUAUGUUUGAAGAAUUUCUCUACUCUACUGCUGGCCUUACAAACAAGAAUCUGUUUGUUUCCAUGGAAAAGACAGGAUAGAACAGGAGGACAUCAUCCAUUAUCGAUUUUUAGAACUUCCAAGUUCCAUGUCAUGUGUAACAACUUACCAUACGAGAUUGUUUAUGCAUUGUCCAAUUUUUACAA